AUGUCGAAGGAAAUUGCUGGCAGCGUCAUUCACUGCAAAGACGUGAGCCAGAUGUGGCUUGAUCUCCAAGAGAGAUUUUCUCAUGUGAAUAGCGUUAAGCUUUUCCAUAUCGAGAAUGAAAUCCAUGAUUGCGUACAAGGCAGCAUGACUGUGAGUUCCUAUUUUACUAAACUUAAGAGCCUUUGGGAUGAACGAGACGCGUUGUGCUCAAUUCCGGCGUGUAGCUACAGAACAACCAAGGAGAUUGCUUCAUACAUAGAGACUCAAAAAACAAUGAAAUUUCUCAUGGGUCUAAACGACUCAUAUGUCACUGUUCGUAGUAACACACUCUUAUUGGAACCAUUACCCAUGGUAAACAAAGCGUAUUCGCUGGUCCUUCGACAUGAAAGGCAGGCAGAGAUUUCUAAUGAGAAAACCUCUACCCAACCAGAAGUAGCCGUGUUUGCCGUAAAUAACCCAAGUCGUGAGUCUGAAUCAGAAGAGAGGGGCCUUCGGUGUGCAAAGUGCAACUAG